AUGGAGGCAGACAGCUCAGAGCCGAUAGCCAUUAUUGGCCUCAACUGCAAGCUGCCCGAGGAGGCCGACUCCCUCCAGGGGUUCUGGAAGAUGCUCUGCGAGGCCCGCAAUGUCGCCACCGAGCCGCCAGAAGGCCGCUAUAACCUGGACGCCUUUUACCACCCAGAUCCCGCCCGUCUUGACGCCAUCCGCACUAGAAAGGCCCAUUACAUGAAAGAAGACCCGCGGGCAUUUGAUGCGCCAUUCUUUAGCAUGUCGGUUGCUGAAGCGUCUGUAGUCGACCCCAUGCAAAGAUGCCUGCUGGAGGGCGCGUACCGGACGUUUGAAAACGCCGGAAUCCCCAUGGAUCAAGUAGCCGGGUCCAAGACCUCUGUCUACUGCGCAAACUUUGCACGCGACCAGGAGACCAUAGUGGCGCGCGACCCAGAGUACCAGUCGCGCUACCAGUCGACGGCGACGGGCUACGCGCUGCUGUCCAACCGCAUCAGCCACUUCUACGACCUGCGGGGCCCCUCGCUGACCCUGGACACGGCCUGCUCCUCGGGCCUGUACGCGCUGCACCUCGCCGUGCAGAGCAUCCUCCUCGGCGAGAGCGAGAUGAGCCUGGUCUGCGGCUCCAACACGUGCAUGACGCCCGAGGCCAUCGCCGUCGUGCUGGACAACGCCAGCUUCCUGUCCAAGGACGGCCGCUGCUUCAGCUUCGACCGCCGCGCCAACGGCUACGGCCGCGGCGAGGGCUUCGCCUUUGUCCUGAUCAAGCCCCUGAGCAAGGCCAUCCGGGAUGGCGACUGCGUCCGCGCCGUGAUCCGCGGCACCGGCGCCAACCAGGACGGCCGCACGCCCAGCAUAACGCAGCCCGGCGCCGAGGCGCAGCGGGCGCUGAUAAGGGACACGUACCAGCGGGCCGGGCUGGGCUUCGACCAGACGGGCUUUUUCGAGGCGCAUGGCACCGGCACCUUGGUCGGCGAUCCGACCGAGACGGAAGCCAUCGGAGAUAUUUUCAAGCCGCACAUCGAAAAGCCGCUGCAUCUCGGCUCGGUCAAGUCCAAUAUUGGCCAUUUGGAGGGAGCAAGCGGCCUGGCGGGUCUGAUCAAGAUUGUGCUGGCGCUGGAAAAGGGCAUUAUCCCGCCCAAUGCCGACUUUGAGCUUAAUCCCGCCUUGAGACUCGACGAACUGAAGCUCCAAGUCCCGUCCAAGGCGGUGCCUUGGCCCACGGAUGGGCUGAGGCGGGCGUCGGUCAGCUCCUUUGGUUAUGGCGGCUCCAACGCACAUGCGGUUCUGGAUGAUGCGUACAACUAUCUCAAGCUGAGGGGGUUGGAGGCUCACCAUAAAAGUGUGGAGAAGUACCGGGAAGAAGAGCUUGAGGGGGGAUAUUCAUUGGGUUAUACCAAGGGCGACUAUAUCAGCAGUGGUCACGUCAAUGGCAACGGCAGCAAUGGCCACCUCAAUGGCAACGGCCAUACCCCUGCCACCUGGGCAAUCAUCCCAUUUUCCGCACAAGAUGAAGACGGUACCAACCGUCAAGCAGAAGCCCUACAAUCCCACCUCUCCACCACAACCACAACCACAACCACCACCGCUGCCACGACGGACGAAAAGUCCUUUCUGCUUGAUCUCUGCCACACGCUCUACUCCCGUCGAUCAGUGCUCAACUGGCGCUCUGCCGCCGUUGUCAGCUCCCUGGGCGACGCUUGCACAAAUCUCAAGUCCGACACCUCCAAAUCAGUCUUCACCCUUUCCUCCAAGGUCCCCGUGUGCAGUUUCGUAUUCACCGGCCAGGGGGCGCAGUACGCCAAGAUGGCUUCGGGGCUCUUGGAAAAGUAUCCCAUUUUCAAAGCCGCCAUCGAGGAGUGCGACAUGUUCCUGACCAAAGAGCUGGGUAGUCUGUGGUCCGUCCUCGAGGAGCUGCAGCGCGACGCCGAGACGUCCAAAAUUGACCAACCUCUCUACUCACAGCCUUUGUGCACCGCGAUACAAGUUGCCUUGGUUGACCUGCUCAGAUCGUGGGACCUUGGCCCGUCGUCUGUGGUCGGGCACUCCUCGGGUGAAAUUGCUGCGGCCUAUGCAGCCGGCGCCAUCACCCGCGAGUCGGCAUGGCGCAUCGCCUACCACCGCGGAGUCGUCUCGGAAGACCUGGUCGCUUCUUCGGCCGCUGCUCCCACGACCAUGAUGUCGGUUGGUCUGGGUGAGGAUGACGUGGCGCCGUACUUGGCAGGCACCGACGUGACGGUCGCCUGCGUCAAUUCCCCCAUAAACGUCACGGUCUCGGGCCCCGUUAAAUCCAUCGAGGAGCUGUACAAGCGCCUCGACGCGGCCGAGGUCUUUGCCAAGCGCCUGCCCGUCAAGAUCGGCUACCACUCGGCCGUUAUGAACAAGGGCAGCGAGGCGUACGAGGCCAGCCUCAAAGGAAAAAUCGCGGCACCUCCACCACCAAGCAAAAGCGGCUCCGCUGGGCCGGUCAGGGCGGCCAUGUUCUCGUCCGUCACGGGCGAGGUCAUUGACCUGCACGAACUGACCAAGCCGUCGUAUUGGGUGUCGAACCUCGUCUCGACGGUCAGGUUCUCCCAGGCGCUGACGGCUUUGACCUCGGAGACCAAGGCGGGCCAUCGUUUCCUCCUCGAGCUCGGCCCUCAGGCAGGGCUGCGCCGGCCCAUCAAGGACACGCUGGCGGCGACGGCACCCAAAAGCGUCAAAUGGCGGUACGCGGCCGUGCUCUCACCGACGGACCACGACGUCAAGAGUCUGCUCGAGGCGGUCGGGCAGGCCUGGAGCGACGGCGUCAAGGUCGACCUGGACAAGGUCAACGCAUGCUCGAUCGCGGCCGGGCGCGCCCCAAGGGUCAUGGUGGACCUGCCGUCGUACCCCUUCAGCCGGGCCAAGUGGUACUGGGACGAGUCGCGCAUCUCCAAGAGCUACGCGUUCCGGCCGUUCCGGCGGCACGCGCUCCUCGGCAUCCGCGACAAGGACUGGAACGCCAACGAGGGCGCGUGGAAGCACACCAUCACCGUGGACGAGAACCCCUGGAUCCGCGACCACGCCCUCAACGGCAGCGCCAUCUACCCGGGCUCGGGCAUGCUGGUCAUGGCCAUCGAGGCCGUGCGCCAGCUGGCCCACGCGCACAGGGACAGGAUCAAGGGCUACCGGCUCAGCUCGGUGCGCAUGCUGCGGCCCAUCCAGGUGGAUUCAUCAGAGCACGGCGCCGAGGCCAAGAUCUACCUGCGGCCGCGCAAGCUGUACGUGCCCAACGAGCAGCUGCCGUCCUACGACUUCCGCAUCUACACGAUCCAGGCCGAGGAGUGGGUCGAGGUGGCGUCUGGCAGCGUCAAGGUCGAGCUGGAGCCGGCGGCACAGGCCCGAGAGCAGGAGGAGGCGGCCAGGGCGCGCGACGCCAAGUUCGCCGCCGAGUGCAGGGACGAGUAUCGAGGCAUCGCCAAGCGGUGCACGCUGGUGGCGCACACCAAGCAGUUCUACGACAACCUGUCGAGGAAGUCGGGCUUCGACUACGGGCCGUACUUCCAGCUGCUCCAGGACAUCGCCUACGACAGGAGCGGGCACGUCACGGCGACGUUGAACCUGCGAGAGUACGCCAGGCACAUGGAGUACGCGCAAGAGGACCCCUGCGUCGUGCACCCGACCACCCUCGACGGCCUCUGCCAGAGCCAGAUGGUCGGCCUGUCCAGGGGCGGCUGGUACACGGUCCCGACCAUGAUGUUCACGCACGUGGCGGAGCUCUGGGUGUCGCAUAAGCUCUUCACGGCCGAGGGCAACCCGAAGCUCAAGGUGGCUUCCCAGGAGACCAUGCGCGGCUUCCGCGGGUGCGUCUGCCGCACCAUCGCGCUUCUGGAGGACACCAUGGAGCCCGUCAUCAUCUGCGACGGCCAGCGCGGCACCGCCAUCUCCAACCUGGACACGGGCGUCACCACCGACACCGAGGCCACGGGCCGCAUGGCCUACGCGAUCAAGUACGCGCCACACGUGCCCCUGAUCCGGGACCUGAAGGAGCUGCGGCCGGCGCUGCAGGUUGCCGCCAGGCGCAUCGACAGCCUCGAGUCCGAGAUGGACCGCAUCAACCGCUCCGAUGCCAUCAUGCUCCACUACGCCAAGCAGGUCGUGGCCGGCAUCGACUCGAUGGGUGGAGACAAGCCCUGGCCGGACGGUCACUAUUUUGACCGCUAUUUCGAAUUCUUGCGUCAUGUGGUCGCCCAAGAGCCCAAGUGGCAUCACGAGGGUAGACGAGGAGGGACGAGUGCGGUCUCUAUGGGGCAGAUUCUUGAAGAGGCAGACCUCGAUCCUGGAUGUGCUCUCAACAAGCACGUCGGUGAGCACAUGCUCGGUAUCCUCGAGGGCAAGACCGCGGCACUCGAGGUUAUUUUCGAGGGCGACCUGGUCGACAAGUUCUACUACGCCGACCUGACCUCGCUGCUCAACCGCGUCAUCGGGCAGUACGCCAAGGUCCUCUCGCACAACGACCCCAACCUCCGCUUCCUCGAACUCGGCGCCGGCACCGGCAGCUCCACGCACAAGGUCCUCCCGGAGCUGGUGCACGACAUUGGCAACGGGCAGCAGGCGGUGCGGUGCAGCGAGUACAUGUACACGGACGUCUCCAGCGGCUUCUUCGAAAAGGCCCGCGAGCGCUUUUCGUACGCCGCCCCGGCUUUAAAGUUCGCCAAGCUGGACAUCGAGGCCGACCCGACCGUGCAGGGCUUCGAGGAGGGUUCGUACGACGUCGUCAUCGCUGGGAACGUUCUCCACGUCACCAAGGACCUGGUCCAGACCCUUCGAAACGUUCGCAAGCUCCUCAAACCUGGCGGCAGCCUAUGCUUGGCCGAGCUGGUCCACGUCGAUACCCUCCGCCACGCUUUCGUGUUUGGUCUGCUUCCCGGAUGGUGGUUGCGUCCCCCUCCCGAGGGCCGGGAAGGCUAUGCUGACCAGGGCCCGCUGCUCUCGGCCAGCCAAUGGGACCAGGCAUUCCGUGAAGCCGGCUUUUCGGGCGUCCAGCUGGAAUUCCAAGACUUUGAAGACCCUCUGUACCGCCAGGUCUCCAUUCUCAUCACCACCAAUCCAGCGACGGAGGAGCCAACCCCUGCGCCCAACGCACUCACCAUGUCCAACCCGGGGGCCCAGUACAUUGUAGUAGUCGACCCAGCCUCGGAGCAGCAAGCGAACCUCUGCAAGGAGAUCCAGGCCCGGCUCGGCUCAGCGCGAAUCUCAAGCCUCCCCGACAUGGCCAAGCUCUCCGAGGCAGAUCUGGAGGAGACGAUAAUAAUCAGCUUGGUGGAGCUGAGCCGCCCCGUGCUGGCAACCGCCACAGAGGCCGAGUUCGACGGCAUCAAACGCCUCGGCACGCGGUCCAAGAUGACUUUCUGGCUAACCACGGGCCUGGGACCGGCCGCCCGGAACCCAGACGGAGAAGCCACGGUUGGUUUCGGGCGGGCCUUGUGCUCCGAGCGAGCGGAGCAGUGCUUCGUGAUCCUCAGCCUGGAGGAUCCCUGGGCCAGCACGCAGGCCUCGGCCGAGACGGUAUGGCGCGUGCUCGCCGAGGCGAUGCGCAGCGACUCGGCGCUGAGGGAGACCGAGUACGUCGAGCUGGACGGCCUGCUGCACACGCCGCGCCUGGUCCCGGCCGGCCACAUCAACGAGGCCAUGCUGAGGCGGAGCAGGAGGCGCGACGUCGAGACCUACACCAUAGGCAGCGGCGACGUCGCCUCCAGGCCGCGCUUCUACCUCACCAUCGAGACGCCGGGCCUGCUCGAGACGCUGUACUACACCGAGGACGCGGCCGGGGCCGACCCGCCCGGGCCCGGGUGCUGCGAGAUCGAGAUCAAGGCCGCCGGCGUGCAGUUCCGCGACGUCAUGACCGCGCUGGGACAGAUGACCAACGACAGUUUCGGCUGCGACGGCACGGGGGUGGUCGCGCGGGCGGGCGCGGGGAGCAGUUUCAAGCCCGGCGAUAGGGUCGUAUACUGCAGCAACGACUCCAAGGGAUUUGGCACCUUUGCGCGCUACAGGGACCAGGACCUGACGCUGCUGCCUGACGGCAUGUCGUUCCGGGUCGGCGCCGCCAUCUCGGCCGUGUGGAGGACGGUCGUCUAUUCGCUGGACCACAUGGCCCGCCUGAGGCGGGGCCAGUCGGUGCUGAUCCACGCGGGCGCGGGCGGCGUCGGGCAGGCGGCCAUCCAGCUCGCCAGGCUGCGCGGGGCGAGCGCCAUCUACGUCACCGUGGGCAGCACGGAGAAGCGCGAGCUGGUCAAGUCGCUGUACGGCAUCCCCGACGAGCACAUCUUCCACUCGCGCGACGGCAGCUUCAAGGACGACGUCCUGCGCGCCACGGGCGGCAGGGGAGUCGACGUGGUGCUCAACAGCGUCAGCGGCGAGCUGCUGCAGGCCUCGUGGGACUGCAUCGCGCCGCUCGGCUCCUUUGUGGACAUUGGCAAGGGAGACGCCAUCCAAAACAACCAGCUCGAAAUGGGCCCCUUUUCGCGCAACGUCACCUUUUCCUGUAUCGACCUGUCCCUCGUCAGCGCCGUCAACCCGCAGCUGAUGACGGACGUCAUGGCCGAGGUCCUGGACCUGUUUGCCAACAACCCGGAGCUCCACGAGCCUCUGCCGCUGCAGGUCUACGCCGCCGACAGGAUCGAGGAGGCCUUCCGCCUCGUGCAGAGCGGCAGGAACACGGGCAAGAUCCUCCUCGACUACGAGACGCCCGGCGCCGUCGUCAAGUACCAGCCCGCCCUCAAGCCGUCGUACCAGUUCUCGCCCGGAGCCACCUACCUCAUCGCCGGCGGGCUGGGCGGGCUGGGCCGCGAGAUCACCCGGUGGAUGGCGGAGCGCGGGGCGCGGCAUUUCCUGUUGCUAAACUCGCGCGGUGUGGACAGCAGCAGGAGCAGCAGCAGCAGCAGUAGCAGCAGCAGCAGCAGCAGUCAGGCCGAGGUCGUCUCCUUCCUCAGGGAGCUGGACGAGCUGUCGGUCAAGCACCUCGAGCCGGCGUGCGACUGCUCGGACCGCGGCGCGCUGGAAAAGGUGCUUGCCGACGCCGCGGCGGCCGGCUUCCCUCCGGUGCGCGGCUGCAUCCAGGGCGCCAUGAAGCUGGAUGACGACGCCAUCGCCAACAUGCCGGUGGCCAAGCUCCACGCGGCGCUGGACCCGAAGCGGGUGGCGUCGUGGAACCUGCACGAGCUCCUGCCGCGGGACCUGGACUUUUUUGUCCUGCUCUCGUCCUUCUGCGGCAUCUUUGGCAACCCGGGCCAGGCCAACUACGCGGCGGGCGGCACGUUCGAGGACGCCCUCGCGCGCCACCGCACCUCGCUCGGCCAAAGGGCCGUCUCCAUCGACCUGGCCCUGGUCGCCGAGGCCGGCUGGGCCAACGACAACUACGAAAUGGUGGCCAGCAACCUGCGCACCCACGGCGGCAUCCACAACGACCAGCUGAUGGCGCUGCUGGACGUCGUCUGCGACCCGCGCUACGACGCCGAUCACGACCACGACCCCCAGGUCGUGACCAUCGUCGACCCGCCGCGCCACCUCUACCACCUGACCCGGGAGGGCCGGAUCGUGUGGCCGACCAAGCCUCUGUUCCGGCACCUGCUGAAGAUUGGCGAGACGAGCGACGGCGGCGGCGGCGGCGCAGGCACAGACGGCGACCAGAACGGGUCCGAGGCCGCCGUCAACUACGUGGCGCUCGUCAAGGCGGCGGCGUCGCUCGAGGAAGCGGGCGAGAUCAUCGCCUCUGGCCUCGUGCAGAAGCUCGCCAAGUCUCUGUCCGUCGACCCGGAGAGCUUGGACGUGGCGAGGCCGGCGUACGUGCUCGGUGUGGAUUCGCUCAUCGCCGUCGAGCUGCGGUACUGGUUCGUGCGGACGUGUGGGAUCGAGGUGCCUGUGUUUGUCAUCAUGAAAAACAUGCCCCUGAGCGACUUGUGUGUGCAUGCGGCCAGCAAGGUUUUGGAAGCGGCGAUUUGA